AACCUAGACAUCUGAUGUCAACCAGAUGUGGACCAUAUGAGCAACCUGGAGGCAGGGGAAGAAAACAGGUUUAUGGAGAUCAAAGGAAAAGAAGGUAAUGCUGAUAAUGCCAAUAACCUCAAAUGUUGUAGUUUUUAUUUAUUGUAGUGUAAGAGGUAACCGGUCAUUUCGCACAAAAGACUUUUCGCACAAGUCUUUUAGCACAAGUUUUGGACUGUUCGCACAAUUCUUAAUGGUCAUUUCACACAAUAAUCAUAAGUGAGAAACAUCAAUAUAAAAGGUAUACUAAUUGAUACUGGUAAGACAUUUCACCUUCACAUGAUCCAACGGCGAGAAUGUAGACAUUUAUAUAUGUAAUAACUUCAACUAGAUCAAAAUGCUCUUGAACACGAUCACUGUUCUUUCUUGAAGAAAGGAAAGGUACAAAUCUCUCUCUCCAUGAAAAUUUUAGUUUUGACAGUAUCAUCCACUACAAAGUUAACAUGCAAACAUGACAACCCACGCUAAGGACACUAUGUUGAUUUCGAAAGUAAUUGUCACCAGUCUUCCCUCCUUGUUUGAUUGCCUUCAAAUAGCAUGUUUUAUCGAUGUGUAAGAGUUUCAAAUAAAGCUAUUGAAAACUUGCUUCUUAUAACUUCAUUAUACAGGGCGUGAAAUUGCACCUAAUACAGGCGCCAAUGCGACUUAAUUUUUCACUUUGGUGACCAAAUCCUGAAAGUUAGUCGCCAAAUUGGCGACUAGAACGUUUCAUCAUAACCUUACCAAGAGAUAUAGUGAAUUAAAAAGAUUUGCAAAGAUAAAUCCGUGGCAAACUUCCUCGUUAAGUUUGUUUCCAAAACGUAGCACAUGCAUCUCGAUCGAUAACUAGAUGCCAUCUUGGAUGUAGAUGAGCCUGAACAUUGUAUAUCAUCCAUCUUAGUGUCCACUUUGUAGCACAUUAAAGAUCUUUUCCCUAUCUUAAUUUUGGAGGGUCUAUCUAGAACGCUGACAGCAUAAAGAAAGAUUUUUUUUGUCUUUGAAAAUGGCGACCAACUUUUUUUGAAUUGGCUACCACUUUGAAGAAUUAAGGUGCCAAGUGGCUAUCAGAGAAAAAAGUUAAUUUCAUGCCCUGUUAUAUAAUGAAAAUUAGGCAUACUGGUAAUACGUACAGCAAAAACAGUUCAAUGUUAAUAACUUGAUAUUCAGAGAUUGAUUCACAUUGAAUGUCGGCACGUGCAAGUGUUGUGAUUUGACAACUUGAACAUGUCAGUGUAGCAGGUAACUAGUGAUCUUAUAGAAAGACAAGUUCGAUCUGUAAUCAUUUUAAAGAUUGAGAAGUUUAAUACAUCUAUCAAGUAGUAACCUUUCAAAUUAUUCUAAUAACAAUUACCUAAGCAAUGGAGAGUUCAGUAUCGAUCGAUAAGCGUCAUAGCAACCAUGAUGUAAACAAAUGAUUUCACGAAAGUUUCAAGAAUUCAUAAAAGCUUAAGAUCAAAACAAACAAAGAAAUUUAGAUGUACUAUAGCUUAAAUGAAUGCAGGAAAGGGCUAAAUUUCUACGAGUCUUGACCGAGUAGCGAGUUAAAAUUUGCAUGAUUCGUCGGGUAACAUGGCCAUGAACUUGAAUUUUAUAUAUUUACACAGAAAUUUUGUAAAUUGGUCUUUUCUCCUUUUAAAUAAAAAGUGAAACAGUGUGCAGGUUUUUACUUUGAUUUCAGAGGAGGGAGGAUUGGUGACAAUUACUUUCGAAAUCAACAUGGCGUCCUUAGCGUUGGGUCGUCAUGUUCGUUUGUUUGUAGUGGAUGAUGUACUGUCAAAACUAAAAGGUUUUUCGUUUAACAAAGGAAAAGUAAAAGAAGUAAUCAUUCGAAUAGGGAGUUCUUUACAUUUUCAUGGAGAGAAAGAUUUGUUCCUUUCUUCAAGUAAGAAUAGUGAUCGUGUUCACAAGCGUUUCGAUCUGGUUGAAGUUAUUACUUAAAUAAAUGUCUACAUUCUCGCCGUUGGAUCUUAUUGAAAGUGACAUGUGAAGGUGAGAUGUCUUAUCAGUAUCAAUUAGUAUACCUUUUAUAUUGAUGUUUCUCACUUAUAAUUGUUGUGCGAAAUGACCACUAAGAAUUGUGCGAACGUUCCAAAACUUGUGCUAAAAGACUUGUGCGAAAAGUCUUUUGUGCGAAAUGUCCUGUAUUCGUGUAAGAUAGUCAUAGCUCCAUAUAAAACAAUGCCAGUCAAAGGUCUCGUGCACCAAAUCAAGAAGUAUGGCCUCAGGGAUUCCAUGAAGACUCCAGUAAUUCUUCCCACUUUUCUGUGUAGUGCAAGCUAUUUAACUGGUGUUUCUCUCCACUUUCCCUUUUGAAGUGCCAUUUCUCUCCUAUUCCGCCUCUCCCUCUUUAUGAUUAUUUGUUUGCAUUUCCACAAAAACAUUUAACAAUUGAUGUUUUAGACAAAUUCUAAUCACUACUCGCAGUAUUUUUCUCUUAUUUUGAAGGAAUUGCAGGAGUGACCAAAAAAAGAGGAAUUUCUCCUUGCAAUCUUGAUAUAUUUUAAGGCAGAAAAGUUAAGAGACGUUAGAAAAAUUCGAACUUGAGGACACUAAUUUAUUUUAGACCAACUUCUCAGAUAUUAAGUUUUAAGAAAUGUACAGUGAACAGUGUGGAGAAUUUAUAAGUAGAUAUUGAGAAUUAAAGGUUAAAAGAAGUUCCUUAACACACAGGUACAGGGUGAGAGGUAAAUUCAACCAAUCUAGAGGUGGACAUAAUGGCAGAGGAUCGUUUGGCAGAGUUGGAUUUGGUUGUGGAAGGGGUGGUGGAGAAGCUGGUAACAUAGGAAUGAUGUCACACACUGGUCACGUUGUUCACAUGCGAGGACUGCCACAUGAUGCCACGGAGAGUGAUGUUAAACAAUUCUUCGCUCCCCUUGUCCCUGUCUCUAUGUGGAUGGAGUAUGGUAAUGGGUCUUUAAAUGGACAUUGGGAUGUGUACUUUGCAACACAUGCGACUGCACAAGAAGCUAUGCGAAAAAAUGGAUCACUAAUGGGUAGGAAGAUUCAUCUUCUCCUAAUUAUCAAAGUAAUCUCUAUGAAAAUGUUUAUUUUUGUCUUCUAAUUGUUGGCUGAACUGUGUUGUGACAAAAUUGUGAUACCAAGGUUUCAAAAUAAAAUCAUGUUUACUGUAUUUACCCAUGUAUAAUAUGCACCCAUGACCGAAUUUUUUAUAUAAAAAAGUUUUCACAGCAAAAAACAUGUUAAUUCUUCCUACAAUAUUUGUGGAGAUAACAAUACUUACAUUACAAAAACUUUAAAAUUACUUAUGUACUGGUAACUAACUAAUUACAAAAAGGUUGAAAAUGAUAACAAACAGCCUUGCAAAAAAAGAGUUUCUACAUGAUAAUUUAACUCAAGCUAAUAAAGGCCAAUUGCUACUACGCUUUUGUUACUUUUUUUGUUGUGUUUUUCAAUAUAUGCAAAUUAGGACGUUCUUGACAAACAAUAGAAUCUGUGUAUAAUACGCACCAUGAUUUUGAUGGUUAUUUUUACAGAAAAAAAGUGUGUAUUAUACACAGGUAAAUAUGGUAUACUUUUUCACUUUUUGGUGAGCAUAAAUGUUCACAAGUGACCGUUUAAGGUCAACAUUAGAAUAUGGAAAUAAGUGCUUAAUAGACAUUCAAGAAAAUGGAAAUGAUUUUGAUUCUCAUAAUUCACAAUUAUGCCUUGUUUUUAGGGCAUUUUCGCAUAGAACUGUUUCUGCAAUCAAAUCCAGAGAGUGGAAACAACCAGGGGUGGGGUGGCUCUGGAGGAGAACAUAACUUUCAUGGUGGACGUGGUGGUUAGUAAAGUUGUUUGGGUUGCAUACAUGCUUAAAUCCUUAUAAUUUUUACAUCAAUAAGUAUAGCCUCCUUACUGUUCUCUAUACACCUCUCAUUUUACAGGCAAUCCUUCCUAUAUUCUCAAAGCUUUUUUCGUAUUUGUCCGUGAUACCUUAAGGAUAAAAUAAUUUUUAGCCACUUCUGGGGGUUAAAGAGUAAAUGUAUGUAUAUGCUAGAGCAGCAAUAGAUGUCCCAAGUCAUUUCUUGUAGAAUACAAGGAUAGAAUACUAGACCAAUAUCCAGAAAUGGAUUUCAAACAAGUCUACACUCAGGUGGUGGGAACAACCAGUCUGGAUCAUCCUAUUACUAUAAAGGGGUUUAGAUAUGAUUUAUUAAACUGUAUGUUCAAGCUAAUUCUCCUAUCUUGUCAUCAGGUGAUAACUUCAGAGAAAGAAAUUUUGUUGGUGGUGAAGGAAACUUCAAUAAUGGGAGGAACUUAAACUUUGGUGGUGGAACUAACAAUCAAGCUAAUAUGGGAGGAUUUGGUGGCCAAGGAAACCAGAACACUGGUUUCAACAAUCAGCCGUUGCAACAGGAAGGGUCCUUUAAUACUCAGAUGCAAGGCGGUGGGCACCAGGCCAAAUUCUUUUGUUGGUAUUUUUAUCCUUAGGGUUUUUGUAUCAGCACUAUACUAGUUGUGCCAGUAAUAUGUAAGUAUUUUUUUAGAAGAAAUUAGAAUGUAUAUCAGGCAGUGGUUAUAGUCGGGGUUCAAAAUAACGGCCUGCUGUCAGCUGUCAGCAGCAGCGGAAACUUUUAGCACACUUGCCAAUCAUUUUUCACCAAAAAAGUAGAAUUAAUAGAAAGUAUUAUGCUUAUUCAGGGUGCCAAUACAACUAAAUGUUUCAUUGAUGACCAACUUUUUUUUAAUUGACUACUGCUUUGAAGAAUUUAGAAGCCAAGUGGCUAUCUGAGAAAUUCUGUCUAGGUCACUCAUGGGAGUUAAAGAGUUUAUCUUUAUAUGUAUUUGUUUAUAUUUAUUUUAUAUUUAUCAGAAGAAAUGUAUCACAUAGUUAUUGUAGUUAUUAGUUUAUUUAUUUUCAAAAUAACAGCCGGCUGCUGGCAGCAGCCAUAACUUUUAGCACACUUGCCAGUAAUUUCUCACCAAAGAACUAGAAUUUGGUAGAAAAUAUUAUGCUUAUUGAUCAUUUUUUUUUUGUAUUUUAUUUGUUUUUGGGUUUUUACAGUUUUUACAAGUAUGCAAGAUACAUCACAAAUUUCUACAUGCAUAAAUUUACAUUACCACUACACUGGACUACGAGAAUAAAAGAAAAGAAGAGUUACUUUUGACAUUUUAAAUACACUAGGCACAAUGCCAGUAGAGAGUAACUUAUUAAAAUAAAUGCAAAGGGUUUGGAGAGGUUCUUAGAACCUUAAUUUUACUAAUUUCUUUGGAAUAUCCAAUAAUUAUUACUUAUUGUUUAAGCAAGAGAAAAAGUCAGCAACACACUAUUCUGUCAUAGGAGAUGGGAAAAAAUUAUGUAAAGGAGAAUGAUUAUUAAUUCCACAUUGGUCUCCAGCAGUAUUAUGAAUAGCUUUUUCCAAAUUUGAGCAGGCAUUAAUAAAAUGCUGAUUGAAGUGCACUGCAAUAUCUAAUAUAUUUAGGAACUGCUAUUUCUUUAAUUCUAACAGGACAAUUUUGGCUUCUAGGUAUUUUUAAGAUCAUUUUGGUACAAUUUAUUUGAAGGGCUGACAGUAAUAGUCAUUCUUAGCCUUAGUUUUGAUUCUGUUUAGUGUGGUAGUAUUAAGCUUAUAUUUUUUUGCCUUAUCAGGAUCUCCAUUAAGGAAGUGUGUUUUUUUUUAACUUUUGCUUAUGCUUAACUAACAAUAAACCUUUAUGAAUGAAAGUGA